CACAAUACCAAAUGCAAUACCCUAAUUAUUUUUUCAAGCCUUCUAAUGAUAUUUAUAUAAAGAGAAAGCAAGCUUUAAUGAAAAAGAAUUAUGGAAAGAAUUGUAAUAAUAUAAAUUGAUUAUAUAGUUUUGGCUGGUAUUUCAUUAAGUUUUUCAUGUUACUAUUUAUUUGGUUUAUAUAGAGAUUGGUUAAUAGAAUUACCAUUUUGGAAUAAAUGGAGAUAAGAGAAAAUGAUAGCGAAAGAAUCAUAUGAAUUAGUAAUACAAGGAUUCCAUCCAAUGAGAAAGACUUUAAUAUAAUAGUUUAGUUAAUUUUGAGUAAA